AGACCUCUCCUAGGCGGAGCCAACUCUCCCAAAGCUCUACAUUUGUUCUGCUUUGAAAGGAAGGUUAGACUGAGAAACAGUCUUAGAGUGCAUCACUAAUGGGCACAACAUAUGCCUAUAGCCAGCUGUCGCACAAUUUCUGGUUGGGCAAAGGAUCCAACUCCCUUAUUGUCAGGUAGUCCCAUAUUAAUACCUCUCCUUAAUUACUGAACAUAAUGUGGCCUUUAAAACUGCCUAUUUUGGAAUGUGUUUUGGAAACAACGGUUGCAGUGAAUUUUGUGUGACCGCAUCAAGAAGUUGUUGUUGGAAACUUGAAUCAAAACUUUCAUCGAAUGAGGAAACACCUAACAAAUGACACAAACCAAACUAUUGUGUUAAAAAAAAAUUUCACUUCAUCUUUUUUUGAUGCUGACUGAGUGGAUUUUUUUUAUUUAACCAGUUGAGAUUUUGGCUGAAAUCUCUUUAAAACUCUUUAGGCUGCUGUUAUGAAUCUUUUCAAAGAGAUCCUGCCUGAAGUCAGGGAAAUUCUCUCCAGUGCCACAACGUCUGAUGUCCAUGCAUUGCUCAGCUGCAUGCUGGAGAAAGAUGUUAUAUCCAAGGAAUACCAUCAGACCUUACUCCAGGAAAAAGACAGAGAAGACCUAGCAAGGAAGAUAUCUCUAACACUUGUGGAAAAAUGGGACUUGUGUUUGAACACCUUAGUUCCUCUCCGUUGUUUAAAACUGUACAGUAAGAUGCCACAAGACAUCACAGAUAAUGAGUCAUCUCUGAACAGGGGUAUAGCUGCUAGCAAAAGACAAACCAUGGAUUCGGCAGUUUUGACUGAAAAUAGCUUUCUUGAUUUGCUGCACAGCAAUAUUGAUCCACUGCAUCUAUACAGCCUCUUGAACACAAGGUUAUCUGAUGAAGAUGAAGAAAGUGAACUUUCAACAGAUCCUGAAAUUGAUACCAUCAACCAUGAUCAGUUCAGCAAUUUGGAUGUCUUUUAUACAAUGGAAAGCAAUGGAAGUGUGGAAGAAUCUCUCUUUUCAAAUACAGGGGAAGCUUAUUCUAGAAUAGCUGGAUUAGCAGAAUAUGUGCUCAAAGAUCAGCAGGAGAGACAGAUGGAAGACAUUUUUGGAAAACUUAUUUUGGAUGAAAUGUCCAAUGAAACCACAGAGGGUUUUGCAGAGAUGAAGAAGCAAAAAUGUCAGAAACGAUCAUUCGUGAGCACUGCAGAGAGUUACUCUGAUGCUUCCAAGCUCAAAUGCAGGAGAACGGAUGCAGCAAAGAAGGUGAAGGAAGGAGUAUGUACAGAAGGCAGCAGAGCUGUUGGGGAUGUAAGAACUAGUUGCCAGAAAAGAGUGGAGUCCCCUGGGUCUACGCUGAAUGGAACUUUUGUAGCGGUGCCUCUGAACAGCUCUCCAGCUAACUCCACCUCUUUGUCUUACCUGCACAUGCAGUUUUCUGUUACCAGUAUACAUCCAACCGAAAAAAAUGUCGUGAUGCCUGUGUCUUCUGGAAAUUCCAAUCUGCUUGUUGGUGCUAAAGGGAUCCAAGUGAUAUCCGGCUUUGCAGUUCAUCCUCAGCAGAUAAUUAAUUUGCCUGUAGGGAAUGGUGCAUCCAAUAUUAUAAUAUAUCCAGUGUCCUCCUCCCCCACAGAAACUUUACAGAUAUCACCAGUUUACCCCACAACCCUGGCUGCUCAAGUGGACUUGGCUGUCCAAAGCAUUUUGGGGUCUCCUGACAAAAACACCUCCAUGGGCCCAUUUGCUUAUAUGCCAGAGACUGCAGCUGUGACUGAUCAUACAGAUGAAGAAGAAAUAUCCAAUGAGAGAUCACAAAUUCCUGUUGUUCCUUCUGAACAAAUUCUCAAAAGAUCAAAGCCAGUGGAAGCUUUCUGCACAUCACUUAAGGAUUAUUUCCAAGAUGUGUGCAAGUUCAUGGCCAGGGACCGUGAAGUAACCCUUGAUCACCUUUACAUUGAUGGAGCUCUCAUGCAAGGUCAAACUGACACAAAGAGUGGGAAAAAUGUCAUCAAGGUGAUGGAGAAGGAGCUGGUAAUAUACAAUUUAGAAGAGAAGGAAAAAGCAGCUAUAGAAAGAAGCCAAAUAUUUCAAGUCCUGGGAGGGAAAGAACUAGAGACGAAAGUCGUUGUGGUGUUGGGAAAGGCAGGAAUGGGUAAAAGCAUUCUUGUUCAAAAGAUCUGCCAAGACUGGGCCAAUGGAAAGUUUUCUCAGUUUGAAUUUGUCUUUUGGUUUGAGUGUAGACGACUGAGCUUGCCUGAAAAGCAAUACAGCUUGAAGGACCUGCUUCUUGAGCUCUUUAUCAAACCUCGAGAGGGAAGCGACGAAGUCUUCGAGUACAUACUGCAAAAUCCUGAUAAAGUCCUCCUCAUCUUUGAUGGUUUCGAAGAGUUGCAGGAUCAUGAUGGCUUUACACAUUACUCAGACUGCCAGUCUUACAAGGAGCUGUACAGCAUCAGGGAGCUAUUUGCAGGGCUCUUCCAGAAGAAGAUACUCAGUGGCUGUACUUUAUUGCUAACAGCAAGACCUAAAGACAAAUUUAAUCAGUAUUUAUCCAAAGUGGACAAGAUUAUUGAAAUGAUAGGGUUCUCUCCACAGCAGGUAGAAUCAUAUAUAGCCAGAUAUUUUGAAGGGCUACCAUACAGUGAUGAUGCAGUGAAAUUAAUCACAGAUUGUCAAUAUCUGUUCAGUCACUGCUACAGCCCUGUCAUGUGUAGAUUCAUUUGUUUUCUCUGCGAAAUGAUGUUUGAAAUGGGAGACAAAGACCUUCCUUCAACACUUACCAGCCUCUUUGUAAAAUACCUUCAGCUGAUACCUACCCAAACAGAUGUGACAACCACAGGAAAUCAACAGCACAUUACCAGGCUAGCUCAGUUAGCCUGGUAUCUUGGAGAAAAGAAUCAAAAUGCCCUGAAGAGCAGUCUUUUUCCCUCUAAAGAAGUUAAGGAGUUUGCUCUGAAAUGUGGCUUAGUACUGCCAUUUACGUUCCCAAAACAUUCAGGAAACAGGGAGGAAGAAUUUGGGAGUGUGUUCUCAGACUUUGUUAUCCAAAAUUUUUUGAGUGCACUUCAUCUGGUGCUCACAGAAGAGAUCAAGGAUAAAAGCCUCACAAAGUACCUUUCACUACCAGCCAGGAAGAGAAAGCCUCAUAAUUGGUUAGAAUUGGUGCCUCGAUUCUUGCCUGGGUUAUUGUAUCUCCAGCAUGAUCCAUACCUCUGCUCUCUUUCAGAUGAGCAUGUAAUGAAAAUCAUAACCAAGAAGCAGAAGACUCUCUUAAAAUAUAUUAAAAAAAUACAGAUAAGUGACCUCUGUCCAGAAAAACUACUUGAGCUGCUCCACUGUGUUUAUGAAACACAGGACAGCUAUCUUUUGCAGCAUGUAGCUUUAAGGCUCAAGGUUGAACUUUCUUUUCUGGGCACUCUUCUUACACCCCCUGAUGUCUAUGUGCUGCAUUUUAUUUUAAAAAGAUCCCCAAAGGAGUUUUCCUUGGAUUUGAGGAACAGCGGCAUUAACCUACAAGGGCUGAAACACCUGGUUGGCCUAAAGAGUGUGACAUCAUUCAGGGCCUCCCUUGGUGAUACAGUCAGGCUGUGGGAGUCCUUAGAGCAAACAAAGGAAUAUGAGCUGCUGAAGAUUUCAGUUGAGAAAUUUGGUAUUGAUCCCUUUAAGGCAGAAACUAUGAAGGACAUUAGUGACCUUUCUGACCUUGUACGGAUACAAGAGAAAAUGAUCCACUGCAUGGAAGAUGCAUUUGGCAGCAAUAUUAAUGAAAUUCCUGCUAUCAAAAACCUCAGAAAACUAGAAUUUGCCCUGGGUCCAGCCUGCGGCCUUCAGGGAUUCUUAAAGCUUGUUGAAAUUCUUGCAGCAUUCUCAUCUCUUCAGCAUUUAGACUUGGAUGCUCUGAGUGAAAAUGAAAUAGGAGAUGAAGGAACAAAAAGCCUCUGUGAAGUAUUGUCUGAGCUGACAUCACUGGAAACAUUGAACUUAUCACAGAACAAGAUAACAGAUGUGGGUGCAGAGCAACUAGCUACUGCUCUUCCUUCCUUAUCAUCGUUAAAGACACUUAGUUUGUACAAUAACUACAUUUGUGAUGGUGGAGCAGAAAAUAUUGCAAGAAUACUUCCUGCAAUGGCAUCUUUAAGGGUGCUACAUGUUCAGUGUAACAAGAUAACUGAUGCCGGAGCCCAGAAACUGACUGAUAGCCUCAGAAAAUGCCCCCACAUCAAGAGUGUGGCGAUGUGGAAUCCUACUAUUCCCUAUGGCGUUCUUGAGCAUCUUCAACAGCUAGAUUCUCGAAUCAGUUUGCUGUAGAAUCAGCUGAUCCUGUGAAGGUAAUGUUAAGAAGAGGUAAAAGCAUUACUGAAUUUUCCCAUCUUAUUUGCUGCUUUAUGAAUGAGGAAAAAAACUAGCAACUACACUAGCUUCCCUCAGAACUACAGAAUGGAAAUUAUAUGGAGCUUCUGAGGACCAUUGAAACAGUAGAGAAUGAGGUCCAAAUGCUUGUAGUUAAGCAGGUCCAUUCAAAUGCUGUUCAAAUGGACUGAUUCUGCUCCCGUUAAACAAGCCAUUAAGAGUUAUGUAGGAUGAAGCUUCACGGGUGUAAAGAAGAUCACGCUACAGCCUCACCAUUAAAAAUAAACGGGGUGCUUCCAUAAUAUAAAACUCUAUAUAACCAUGCUUCCCACACAGCAUGAUAGGAAAUUAUGUCUAUGGAAUGGUGGCAUACAGCUGUGGAUAAGGUGAUUCUUUUUGUGAUGCCCACUGUAUCUGAAACUGUAGCUGGCAUGCUGAGUUUGAACUACCAAAGUCCAGUGUUUGAGUUUUUCACAUUGUAAACACUAGGGUUUAGAACAUUAGCAAGCUAGCUCAGCCUAAAGAUGGAAGCAUACUGACAUAGGGGCAUGAAAAUCCUGGCAUUUACCCAAUCCUAUGAAUUUACAGGUGGCAUUGUUUUUGUCAGAUGUUACACUAAUCACAUCUGCAGUGAUAAUGUUGCUUUUUUAAGGUGUUUUACCCAAAUCUGUUGUUCACUUAUUGUUGAUGAAGAGCCCUUUAAAUAAGAUGACAGAAGGGAAAAAAUUACAGGGAAAGGUGAAAUUACAGACAGAAAAUGUGAAUGAUUUUUAACACAACAGCUUCACAAAAAUUCACAUACAUUUAAACAGGUUCAAUCUGCUGCACAGAAAUCCUGAAAAAUGACUUGUGGAAAUAUGCAAACAGAUUUUUAACUGGUCUUGAAUGAGAUCUGAAAACUGACGUAUCUGAAUGAAUGGAAAGUUUGUUUGAGAUGACUACGGGGAAGUUAUAGAAAAACCUGAGGGCCCAAAUUAUUAACACAAAAUACAUGUCAAACUAUACACAAUGCUUUUGUGAAGCAAAAGAUUUGAAAUUGAAAGUUUUGAUUUUUGAAAACAAAUAUGUAUUCUCUCUCCUAUUCAUGUUCAGGAAUUGGAGUCAGAGUUCUGAGAUCUCUCACUUACCCUUCCCAAGAUGAUAGCUGAAACAGACUGUUCAACAAUCACAACUUCAACAUGAAAUCACAACUUCACAUUGUUUCAUGGACUACAUUUACAGAGUCUCAAAGAACAAGGCAUGCUAGACAAGUCAAUUUCAGUGUAUCAGCACAUGUUUAGCUGCUAGCCUCUGUAUUUAAUUAUCCAAAUUCUGAUCCUACUGAAUUGAGUGGCGAGAUGUUGAUUUCCCGUUUAUUUCAGUUUGCUCCUAUGAUAUUGGAGAGAUUUUAUGGUUUUCUAGAGACAAAGUGUCAGGACAAGCAUAAUGAUUUCCUGUGCAAAGAGGGACUGGAAAUGGGAAAAAUUAGAUUAAAUGGGAGUAGCUGGAGAUGCCUUUACAUCUCCAAAAAUUGUAAGGCUAGAUUCUUGCACAUCAUUCUGGUGUUGCAAAGUAGCUCAAAGCUAGCUCAACCAUCUGCUGAAAACUAGCUCAAUCAGCUGCUUGAAAAUUUCCCCUUGGUAAGAGGAAAGCCAGAAUGGCAUAGAGACUCCACCAUCUCCCUCGGGUAUAGGGACCAAAGUACAUCUGCAUUUCAGCUAUUCCUGGCUGCUGGAACAGCCCUUGGAGGUCAAAGGCAGCCGGGGUAGCCUACUCUAAUUUAAUCUGAUGACCAGUCCUUUGCAGACCCCAAAUUCUAGGACAGGUUCUGGUGGCUGCACAUAGUUACCCAUCGGGGCUAAUGUUUCUCAUUGGAAUAGCUUCCCCACACUGUCACACAAUGGUUGGCUGAUACCAGCCAUGUGCAAAACACUUGAGGCAAUGCAUCUUCCUGUUGAAUUUGAAAGGUUAGUGAGACAGUCAUCUGGUCAGGAGCAACCACAGAACCCUGGUCUCUGCCGACUUCUGAAACACACUCAUAUGUUCUCAUUCCUUUGCCUAAAGGCAGCCUACCUUGAGAUGAGCCUUCAUGUUCUUUCCAACAACUUAUAUCUUUCUGCUGACAUUUCUCUGUUUCCAGAAUAUCUUCAGAGGGGAUGAAGAGAGGACCAAAUAAAGAAAAGGGGUAAGGGAGGUUUGAACCAGUUUAAAAAAAAAAAGGAAUGGAGGGUGGGAUCAGACCAGCUAAAUGGAGGUAAUGGUGAGAGGGAGACAGGACUGGGGAGUGAUGGAAUCCAGGCGAUCAUGUUUGCAGUUGGAAAAGGAGCCAAUUUCUUCAUUUUGUGCCAGGCUUUUUAAUACCUGGCAGGACAGGGGGAAAACUCUCUGGGCGGGAAAAAAAAACCAAAACCCAUCCCUGCUGCCUUCCCCAUUUCAUCUUUAUGAAUGGUUUUAUAGUCUUGGGCCAACACCUGUGUGUUAAAUUCCCACCAAUAUCCGCAGAAGUUCUGGACUGCACAUUGGUGGCAGCCAUAUAAGUUGUCUUUUCUUAACGAAGUUGUGGCAUGGGACAAUGGAUGCUAUUUUAGGGUCAUAUCUUGCAACUGCUCCUCACAGCAAGUUAUAGAAAGAUCUUACUCAACAGUUAGUGAGAUAACUGAACGUUACAGAGCUUUUACACUGGCUUGUAUAAAACGUUUCUUAGCUGCACUGGUAUGUUCCUUUAAUGAGUCUGAGUCAUGUAAAGAUAAUGUAUAGUUUGUAUAAACUCAGAUGCAAUUUAUUUGUGUAUUUUGUGUAAACUUUUUUAAAUGUAAUAAAAUUACACAUUCUUUUUCCAGUAA